AACAAAAAAAACAACUAACUGUAGCUGAAGGCGAAGGUCUACCUCCUUCUGUUUGAGCACAGGAAAAUGUCUGCCUUGCAAGGGCUGUUGCUUGCACUGUGCAUCUGCUGUCCACUGGUGCUGGGCGUCAUCGUGGACCGGAGGGCUGCGGAGGACCUCAUGGAGCCGAUGGCCGUGGAGAUAUCUCCAGACGACCACCUCGGCAGCAUCGCCAAGAGCGUCCUGGGGUCCAAUUUUGCUGCCGCUCGCAGCAAACGGCAAUUUGCAAAUGGCACUGAUUUUGGAACGACGGUUCGUCUCAAUGGCACCAACAGACACUACUUUGCUCUGGUCCACUGGACUGGCCAUCCGUCGGAAGUCCUCUUCAUUGUCACGAUGACACGCCGCAGCAACCCCACUGACAGCUGUCUCUGGAGAUCAACUGAUUACGGCGUGACUUUCACCAAUGACAGCUAUAAGUUCAACGACAGUAGUGCAGUCAUAUCGUGGUACUAUGUCAGCCCUUUUGACCAAUACCUUGUGAUGGCCGACACUCGCCAGAACAAGAUCUUUGUGACUCGAGACGAGGGAGUCACUUUUGAAGGGCGGGAACUCGACUUCAAGCCAAACAAUAUCCGUUACCAGGGCCGCACUGUUCCAAACUCAGACAAGGGAGCCCUCUCCCAACACAUCAUGGGCUACGAGACUGAUACACAGUCGCUGUACGUGUCCAAAGACCUUGGGGACACCUGGGUGUUCAUGGGGAGUAACAUCAGUCGCUACCGGUGGAGGGUACUGGAUGAAGAGUUUGAGUCCAACACUUCAUUGUACUUUGAGAAGGACAUCAAUGACACCCACGCUGUCCUCAUGACUUCCCGUGACCCGUACUCCGAGACCGAGACCGUGGAACUGGAUCCGGGGCUGGGACCGAUAAAAAUCAACUCCACAGUCUUGAACCACGAGUAUAUCCUGGUCCAGAGGAUCACGGAAUCAAACCCCGUACCGCUCUGGGUCAGCGCUUACCGACGCCCUUUCCGGCAGGCCGUCUUCCUCGAGCCAAUGGAACAAGCACACUAUGCAGUGAUGGACGCCAGCGAGCACCGAGUGUUCCUGGCAGUAGAGCACGCCAACAGCAGCGACAUACAUCUGUACAUCUCUGACGCGGAGGGAGUCUACUACAGUCUGUCCCUGGACCACGUGGUGGCCACUGAGGACUGGGGAAACGAUGACAAGCCUUCCUUUGAUAUCCACGUGGUGGGAGGUAUGGAUGGGAUGUACAUGGUUAACGUGUACGAUGGAGACAAUGUCAAGACUGUCAUCACCUACAACAAGGGAAGUCGCUGGCGCUCAUUAGCAGCUCCUCCCGUGGACUCAGACGGCCAGCCGACUCUCUGUCUGCCGGGCUGCUCCCUCCAUCUCCGCAUGGACACCGAUGCACCUCUCGGGUACUCUUCCAUCAGCUCCAAGAGAUCGGCAGUCGGUCUCAUUAUGGCUCAAGGAAAUGUUGGGGAAGGUCUGAGUGGCGAGGGAGAUCUCCUGGGUUUGUACAUCUCUCGCGACGGAGGAUUCUCGUGGUCCCAGGUGGAGAGAGGACACUGGACCUUCCGGAUGGUGGCUCUUGGCUCUGUCAUAGUCAUGGCUCCCAAGAGAACUACGGUGGACCCUCUGGACUUUGUCACGUGGUCGUGUGACGAAGGAGUCACCUGGACCCGCUACGUGUUCACCACCACACCAAUGAGACUCAUCGGGCUCCUGUCACAGAAGGGGGAGAAAUCCAGACGUGUCACGCUCUUUGGCUACCUGCGUGGCGUCUCUCCCUUCUCAUGGCUCUGUUAUUGAUCUGGACUUUUCCGUCGCCGUCCCAGACCAGUGCUCCUACCCCAACGACUACUUUGAAUGGCUUCCUUCAGAUGGGAGAACUGACAGGAGGUGUGUACUUGGGGUGGAGAAGACAUAUGAGAGGCGAAAUAGCACCGCCUGCUGCUACAUCGAUCCUGACUAUGUGCGAGCCAUUAACAAUGCCUCCUGUCCUUGCAGUCGCGAAGACUACGAAUGUGAUGUAGGGUACAGACUGGAGGCACCAGGUGGGAGGUGUGUUGAUAGAUUCCCUCCUCCGCCAGACAACUGCACCGAGGGAGCAUACUACCUCAGUCCAUCUGGGUAUCGUAAGGUGGUUGGUGACAUGUGUAACGAUCUGCUUGGCUCGCAAUUCCUGGCUGGCCAUGUACCGUGUCCGCCAGUGGCUCCGGAAGGACUGGGGAUACAGAUUGAAGGAGGGCCCAGUUCCGUCUUCCUCUCCAACCGCAACAUCACCUUUGUCAUUAUGCAGCAACUCGGUUGGGUCAAAUCCACGAGCUACACGUGGAACUUUGGCGAUGGUAUCGUCAUCUCUGGCGCUGGACUGGAGAGCAUGGCGACCCAGACCCACAGCUACAGCACCACUGGUCGCUACACCGUCAGUGUGCUGGCCUCCAACCCAGCAGGGAGCAGUUCCAUAAACCUCAUGAUUUUCAUUGGGGCUCCAGAAAUACAGUCAGUGGUCUUGACCGGAGACUACAGUGAGCCUGGAAACGAUAUCACCAUCACAGUCACCAUAGGAGAGGUGUGUGAACGUAUACUAUAGGUCUCGGUCCCACGGGAGACGAGUCUAACCUUGUCUCGCGUAGGGCUCUGCUACUCUGUACGAGUGGGACUUUGGUGACGGGAGAGUGGAGACCACCUCGGGACACGACAGGGUGGAGGUCCUGACUCACUCCUACGCCAAUCAUGGAGUCUACACAGUCUGGGUGACGGCCUCCAACCCAAUCGGGAAAAGUUCCAUGUCAGUCAUCGUACACAUCGGAGAGGUACUGGCACAGGGUCUUUCCAUAGGUGUCCAGGGAGACCAGAGCAAAGCAGGACAAGAGCUCACAUUUUCACUCACACAAGAAAAGGGAUUGACCGAGGAGACUAUUUACACUUGGGACUUUGGUGACGAAUCAGACGAGGUUGAGAUAAAGGGGUUGGACGCGGCGGGUACACAGAGGUACACGUACGCCAGCGACGGUCACUACAGUGUCAGAGUGACUGCCUCCAACGAGGGAGGAAGGAACAGUAUCGUCAUCGACGUCACCAUUGGAACACCUCCGUCUCCUGGUUCGGAAAAGUUCAUCGGCAGCGAUGAUGAAAAGGAGAAGAAGAGAGCAACUGGUCUUGGGGUGGGUCUGGUGAUUCUGUUCCUCGUGGUCAUCCUGGUUGUUGGAGCCUUUAUCAUUGUCUUCUUCUGGUAUAGAAAGCGAUACGUGAACCUUGAGGGACAGUACAAGACACUGCGAGCGGGGACCACUGGAGAUCCAAUGGCCCUCUCCAUAUCUGCCAGUGAGCUCCAGGAGGAUAUUGGCUACUCAAAGGAUUCUGAGGCUGAUGACACGCGCCUUGUCAGUGACGAUGGUGAACUAUAAGUAAACUGCACGCAUCAACUGUUUUGGGAAGGUUUUUGCUUGGUUUUUGAUUUUGCAUGAUCUAUCAUUACAUUUUGCGCA